AUGUGUCCUUGGCCAAAGGCAUCAAAUAUAUCAGCUGUUAUAGUGUUCACGGCCGAGUAAAACUUUGCAGCUAUCAACUUUUCUCCCAACAUCAACAGGGAAAUGGCAAACCUUAGCUUUCUAGAGUUCCAGUACAAGCUUUCAAGGAACAAGUUUUUGCGAAAGCCAUCUCGAUUGUUUUCUUCCCGGGAUAGACAAAGCUCUGGCAUACUGUCCACUUUCCAGCCAAAUAUGAAGGAAAUGAGGCAAGUUUUUGAUAAAUUUGAUUCCAACAAAGAUGGCAAGAUUUCUCAGCAAGAGUACAAGGCUACCCUGAGAGCGUUGGGACAGGGUAGCAUGCUUGGAGAAGUGCCAAAAAUUUUCCAGGUUGUUGAUUUGGAUGGAGAUGGAUACAUUGAUUUCAAAGAGUUUAUGGAAGCGCAGAAGAAGGGAGGAGGAAUUAGGACAACAGACAUACAGACUGCUUUCCAGACAUUUGAUUCGAACAGAGAUGGUAAGAUAAGCGCAGAGGAAGUUAUGGAAGUCCUGAGGCGUCUUGGUGAGAGGUGCAGCCUAGAGGAUUGCCGGAGAAUGGUGAACGCAGUGGACAUUGAUGGUGAUGGUAUGGUUAACAUGGACGAGUUUAUGACAAUGAUGACUCAAUCGAUGACUAGUGGUUAAGAUGGAGGGUAUGCUUGCGGAAAUCCAAUUCUCUUAUUUGUAUCCUCGCUGAUUUUCUAUGUAUGUGCUCCGGUCAAAACUUCGUGUAGAAGCUUUUUCUCUCUCUAGAAUCCUUAGCUUGGACAUCUCUUUAAUCAUGAUAGUAACUUCUUUUUA